GUCUGACCGAGCCGGCCACUGGCUGCUGUUCCAAUUUUGUGGAAGAGCUCGAGUCGAAAGAAAACGAGACUGAAAGCAGCGGACACCCCAGAGAUGUCUGGAAAUGUAACGGACGGAGCCUGCGAGGGCAUCAACCUGAACUUUACGCACAGCUUUCUGCCGCCCGUGUUCAUCACUGUGUUCACCGUCGGGACGCUGUCAAACAUCUGGGGGCUGAGAAGCGUGUGCGCCAGCUGGCACAACAUCGGAAAUAUCAACAUCUUCAUGCUCAACCUGGGGUUGGCGGACCUGCUGUAUCUGUUCACCCUGCCGUUUCUCGUGCACUAUUACUCGCGCAAAAGCCAAUGGCGGUUCGGCCAAACGUUCUGUAAAGUCACCCGCUUCUGCUUCAACCUCAACCUCUAUGGCAGCAUCGGCUUCCUAACCUGCAUCAGCAUCUACAGGUACCUGGGUAUAGUGCACCCCAUGAGAGUGAUGGGGAAAAUCACCAGCCGACACUCCCUGGCCAUAAGCGCCCUGGUAUGGCUUUUGGUCGUUAUUCAGAUCCUCCCUGAUAUGUUCUUUGACAAGAAUGAUCCAAAGUCACCACUCUCGUGUUUCGACACCACCUCGAACGACCUGAUCAAGAGCUACCUUCCUUACAGCAUCGCCUGGACCAUCACAGGAUUCGCCGUGCCACUGGUUAUCAUUUUGGUCUGUUACGGACACGUUGUCGUGGUUCUUGUCAAAAAGGCCAACGUCAACCCUCUGCUGAGGCAGCGGUGUUUGAAACUGGUCGUGAUCCUGGUGAUACUCUUCUCCAUCUGUUUCAUCCCCUAUCACGUGUUUCGAAAUGUUAAUCUGAAAACCAGGAUUUUGAAACAAAAUGGGGUGUGCCACACCAGUUUCCAUGACGUCUACAUUGCACAUCAGGUUGGCAGAUGCCUGGCGUGUCUGAACAGCGCAAUAAACCCGCUGAUUUAUAUAGUUGGAAAUGAUGAGUUCCUCAUGAAGCUUCAUCACUACAGCAGGCGAGCGCAACUGUCUCUGGCCGGCGUGACAGCCGCGCUGCUUUGCCGCAAACCGAUAGACACGGGCGCGGAUUCACCGGCAGAAAUUCGCCUCAGCCCCGACCCGAUGAACGGAUGAGACGCGCAGUCUGUUCACCCGAGGUUUGCUACACUUCCGUGUGGCUGAGUCCUCGCAUAUCAUACACCGCCAGCAUUUCCACUUUUCCGGGUAUUGUGUAUUUCAUAAUCGGUUAAGAGGGUUUUUUCCUAGACUGCAGCUCCGUGCGAAUUGACACGGGGAGCGCUUUGACGAAUUCCAGCCUCUGUCAAAUUCUGUGUUGCCUGGUUCAAGGACACACAGGAGGUUUACGUCAACGUGUAGCCUAAGCUCCAUCUCGCCUCAUUAAGGCCUAAUGUCAGAACAGAGAUAAAGUGAUAUAUGUGGGAUGAGCAAUUGGGGAGUGAGAACACUGAAACUGACCAUAAUUGGUAACGAACCAAAGUUGGGAGUGGGAUACCCUGAAUAUUAAAGGCUUAAUUUGCAUAAGACUAUAUAUUUGGGACAACACCCUGAUAUUGUUUGAGAGUCACAAUUGGAGAAUCAGAAUUGGAGAAUCGGACUCGACUGGACCCUUGCAGGCUUUUUAAUUUGACCUCAAUGAUUCUCUCCCUGCAAACUAUGUAUACCUGAUUUUUAUAAAUAAAGAAAACUCAAAUGGAGCAUCGACAUGCUGUGAAUCGUUCUUCUCCACUCAAGAGGUGCAAGGUCGUGAUAUAGGACACGGUGAUCGAUGACUGGCAAGGUGCUACGCCUACUAUCAAGCAGGUCACCAAGGUGCCAGAGCAAAGAGAAAAUGUACUUCUUGAGAUUUUUUCUUCUGAAUCUGCUGAACAUUAUAACAAAAGACACAACUUGCUAUGCACAGCCGCAGCUCCUGAUAUCAUAUCAUUUACUGCACUGAUUCAUUGAAUCAAUUAUCAAGUACUCUUCCAAGGUGUUGGUCAUAUCUUGCAUUUUUUGUGUAAUAUUGUGUCAGGAAAAGUCCAAUCCAUGUAUUGUGCAUAAGAAUUGCCAGGGACUUGUUUAUGAUUUGCAAUAUAUUGCACUACCUUUGAAGUAUUACAGAUGAAGCAUGUAAUAUACUUGGCAGUUGUUUGAAUUUUCCGUGGUUUUUGUGAAUGAGGACACGCCGUCCUUAAAAGGUUAUGAGUGGAGGCACUUAUUUCACUUCUCUCUCAGAGUGGCCGGUUCACAGUUACAAGUUUGUUUGGAGAAAAGAGACAGAGCCACUGAGACACCUAUGUCAGAGCUGGUAUAUACAGUCUGAAGAAGUAGGGGAAUAGUCAAGACUGCAGUACAAGUACAAAUACCACGCUGUAGAAAAAGCUUCAUUAUAAGUAAAAGACCUGUAUUAAAGCUCUUACCUCAAUAAAAGUACAGAAGUAUUAUCAGCAAAAUGGACCAGUUACCUGUUUUAAUGU